UAACCGUUUUCCCAAAUACAAAAUUUGGGAGGAGUGCCUCCACAGUUUAAAUUGAAUUAGGAAAUUGGUGGGCUCCAAGGUCGCAUAUAAAUCUGUGUAUGAUUGUUUAAAUCAAGAAUAGCGCAAGUGAGAUUCCUAUAGAAAUGAACGAAGAGAAAGUUGGUUCCUUAGGAUUGAAAACAAAAUAAUUGUGAGGCAGUGUCUGUGUUUUUGAAACAAGAUCGACCAAGAAACAGAAGGGUUAUAUAUGCUUUUGGGCAUUUAAGGCUUUGAAUGGUGCGUUGCCUUGUGAAUUGUGAUGUGAAGGGAAGGGGCGGUUUUAAAAGUUAAAACCUAUUCGUUUGUUGCUUUGAACACUUUGGGUCUCAACUCGCCUUUCUCAUUUCUGAUCCGAUUGGGUGGCCAUUAGUGGGAUGACUGGAUGAGAUUGAUGGACAUGCUUCACCAGUUCAAUAAUCUUUAAUCCAAAACAUGGAAACACUGUUUUCUUGACUCUUUUAUAUUUGGGGCUCUGUAGCAUAUACAACAUUUUUCUGAAUUGGAUCCAGGUGAUAAUGUUAAUACAAACUUCUCUCCUUAGUUCAGUAGAAGCUGGUCUAUGUUAUGUAUCUGAUGAUGGGAAAGAUGUUCUAUGUGACCGGAUGCCUAGUGGUGAAACUUGGCAGGUGUGUCUGAAUUGCAAUAAGUACCCUCUUGAUCGGUGUAGAAAAGCUGAACCAGUGGAAGAAGAUAGAAGGAAUGGUGAUGAUCCUUAUAGCUCAAACUGUCUAAUUAGCUUUGGUCGGCUGUCAACUGCUAGUAUAAUGACAGAAAACACUGCACCUAAUAUGGUAUACAGUAGAAAGAGGCUUCGUAAGGACUCAGAUUUCAAGCAAGGACCAACUAACGGCCAAGCAAGUGCAAACUGCCCUUCAGUCAUAAGUUCCGCUGCUCAUGUAUCAUCAGCAAAGGAUCAGCCUGCUGGUUUUCAAGUUACGAGUGAAAUUGAAAUGGUUAAAGAUCCUACCGUGUCUUCAGUCUUAUUUGAUGGAGUAGCCAAAGAUAGCAAACAUAAAAUCGUAGGUAUUGACAGUGUAAAUGAUAGUUGCUCCUCUUCAAAGCCAAAUAUGGAAACUGAAAUGGAUGAAACUGGUGAAUGCUCCUCUUCCAGUGUUUCUGUCAUGGAUGCCACAAGGGAAGAAGUAACAGAAAAGGAUUUCUGCAUUAAUAUUUUAAGAAGCCAUGGACUUCUUAGAGAAGAUUUUCUUGUAGAUAAUGUGGCUUCUGGGGAAGAUGGUGUCACCACUGGUAAUAGCUGCUGUUCCAGGUCAUGCAAAAUAUGUGGCCAUUUAGACAGUUCAUUGAACAUGCUUUUAUGUGAUCAUUGUGAAGAUGCAUAUCAUCCGUCUUGCUACAAUUCACGAUUGAAAAAAUUACCAAUUGAUGAGUGGUUUUGUCAUUCAUGUCUUAAAAAAAGGCAGAAAAUUCUCAAGGACGAGACAAUUAUCAGAUCACCAGGCAUCCACAAUGAAUUUGGCAAAUGCAGAACUGCCUCAGUUAAGGCUGAAUUAAAUCCCAUACUGUUGAUGCUGAGAGACACUAAGCCAUAUACAACUAGUGUGCGGGUUGGUAAAGGUUUUCAAGCAGAAGUUCUUGACUGGUCAGGCCCCAUAAAAAGUGAUGAAGAUGUACUUCCUGAACCAUCGGAAAUUAAAGAUUCAGAAUUUUAUAGACUGCCGGGAGAGAAUAUGAGAAGUCCGAUUAGACUUAGCUCUGUUGGUAAUUGGAUUCAAUGUCAGGAGGUUAUAGAUAGAGAAAACGGAACUGUAUGUGGAAAAUGGCGCAGGGCCCCUCUUUUUCAAGAGGAAACUGAUAAGUGGGAGUGCUUUUGUGCUGUUCAUUGGGAUCCAUCCCAUGCUGAUUGUGCCGUACCUCAGGAGCUUGAAACAGAUCAAGUACUGAAGCAACUGAAGUAUAUAGAAAUGCUACGGCCGCGACUUGCUGCUGCUAAACGGAAAAAAUCAGAUAGCAGAAAUAAUAGUGUUUGAAGUCCAGUGAGAGGUGUUCGAUAUUUUGUUCUUGUACAUGCUACAAUUUGGUUAUACAAAACCCAAAUUUAGAUAUUCCAUGCCAUCCAGGGUAAAUGAAUUUAGAUAUUUCCGGGAUUUUCUUUUUGUCUUUUAAUAUUUUUCCCUUUAUGUGGAAUGCGGUCAAUCGUAUAGCUUCUAUUUGGUAGCGGAAACAGUUCAAUGUGCCAAUGUACCAUUGUAUUUUGGGGUUAAGGCCUUAAGGGCCAUUUUCGAGUGAUGCUCAAUUUGAUUUUAUCGGCAUAGAAUUACUGCCAUCUUCGUUUACUUAAGCUGUCAUUUUGGGAGAGACUUAGUGUAUGUUUGAAAAAAAUGUUAGAUUCAACGUAACGCAUUUAUUUUUUUUCAA